AUGUGGUACGGCAGAUCGCAGGAAGGAGUCCCGCAAUUACAACAGCGACUUGCGUUGGAUGCUGUAUGGGUUGUACCAGGAGAUAUUCGCAAAAAGUAUUUGAAGGAUGAAUUGCGUACUGAUAGAUUAGAAGCUGAAGUAUAUUUAAAGUGGUCAGCAAAUAUUGGUAUUAAAAAUCGAGUAAAAAUUGUGCUUGAAAAUGGAUAUUCAUGUAAUGCACCUGCAUGUUUACUUACUGCAUUCUCGGAUAUCUUUCGCAAACUUAUUUCAGCACAAGCAACACAAGAAACACUUUCAUCGGGUAAAGAAAUCACAGUUCAUUUAAAUGAUAUGCCAAAUAUUACGAAUGCCGGUCUCUAUAAUGUGGUAGCUUUCAUUCAAAGUGGACAAAUCAAAUUUUUAGAAAAUGAAUUGGAGAAUGUUCUAAUAGCAGCUAAUGAUCUUCAAGUGACUUCAUUGGUAUCAUUAAUUUGUGAAGAAAUGACUGAACGCAUAUUAGAAAAUACAUCACCACCAAUUUCAUUACUUUACUCAGCUAUUGCUUGUUUACCUCCACAAUCACAAUAUCGUAAUAUGGUUGUUGAUGGUGCAGCAAUNAAAUUUCAUGAUAUUCUGGCAAGCCCAAAAUUUCAGAAGUAA